GAAAAAACACGAAGACGACAUGAACAGAGGAACUGAUAAAAAGGGUUCUGGGUUUUAUUGAGUGUAGAAGAGAAGAAGCAAAUGGGGAAGCAAGGGGACUUGUGGGAUGACUCGGCCCUCGUCAAUGCCUUUGACGCCGCCAUUUCCGAGUAUAAGAUAAUGCACGGAAAGAACAAAACCCAGGAUGAUUCAAUUGAUGGGGAGACUACUUCUGCUGCUGUUGACAAAAAUGGUGCAGACAUAAGGGAGGCGGAUGAGAAUGGUAAUGUCACGUCAAGCAGGGCAACAGAAUUGGGAGAUGCGAAUAGCCUUGAACCAACGAAAGAACCUGAUCAUGUCGAUUCGCAUAUACUUGAAACUUGUGUAGAUACAUCUAAUGGCAUGCACAUUAAAGAUUCACAUAAACACACUUCAUAUUCGCAAGCCACGGAGAACUAUAACCAGUUAUUGGGCCAGUAUUAUGAGAUAGAGGAGAAAAGGCAAAAGAUUCUACUGCAGCUCGAACAACUUGGCACUUCUAAUUACCAAUAUUCUGGAGAUGUUUCUAGUUCGGAUGUACAGUGGGGUGCUUGGUCCUCUUGCAAAGAAAAUCAAGUCUCUGCAAACCAAGCUUGUCACCCAACUAUAGUCUGCUCAUGUUGCCCAUAUGUUUGUCAAUCCGUGCCGACUCCCUGCUCCUCAUUUCCUACUUGUUCUUUGUGCACAACAUGUGUUGGUACCACAUUUAGUGAUCCUUCGGUGGUGAAGUGUUCUGAAAAGUCACUUUCACACGUUGAUGGAGAUAUCGUCUCAACAGCAAUGGGAGCUGCAGAGAAAGCGAUAUCUUCUAUGAAGAUGAAAUCUUCUGUUGAUCCUUGUAAGGCUGAAGGAAAUGAUAAUGCCAAAGAAAGUGAUGGGCAAAUGGCUCAGGGCACAAGCUCUGAAACAGAUCUCAGUGUUGUUUUAAAUGCUUGGUAUUCUGCAGGCUUCUACACUGGCAAGUAUCUUGUGGAGCAAUCAGCAGCAAAGAAAUGACACAGCUAGGAAUUUAUUCCUCAACACUAAUUUAACAAAAUUUAUUCAAUGAUAUGGCAUGUAAUUGCCAAUUGAAGAGUCUUGUGGAUCAUCACUUUACGAACGGCUGAUGGAAUUAAAACAAAGCGGUUGCAGGGAUAUAGUUCUGGCAGUGGCCUAUGCAACAUCUUGAUUGAGUUCUUCCAGAGGAAAUGAACUAAAUGGGGCUUUUGGUAGCCAUGAAUUCUAUGCUCAUCUUCUUUUUGGAAGGUCCAUGCGUUUCUUUCUGUUAGUUUUUUUUUUUUUUAUGUGAUAUCAAUUUGUAUUUGUUAUUUGGCUUUUGACCAAGAAAUUGGUUUGGUUUUGUAAUUCGUUCAAGAAUCAGUUUGCUCUCUAUUAAGCAGGUUUGAAGAUUUAUA